CGAGCUGAGCACGUUUGUUUACAUUGUAAAAAAUAGUUAAUUUUGAUGCGUUUUCAUUGCCUUUAAUCUGAUAAACAUGGUGAAAGUUGAGCCGUCUUCUUCGGAAUCCGAUAGCGACAUCCCACAAACCCCACUGGCUGCUUCUACACAAAGCUCCCCGCCUCCGGCCAAAAAAAUCAAAUCCAACCAUAGUGAUAGCGAUCAUAGCAGCGCAUCUCAUGAAUCGGAAGAUCCGGCUCCAGCUUCGCAAGCCAGCAUGGCAUCGAACACCCCGAGCUCGGUUAAGAAUACCGUGGAAAAGUACCUCAACAAGUUUCCCUUCGUUAGACGCAGCAAAGCCAAGAACAGUGUCGAUAUCGAUCUGACCGAUUCCGAUGACGAAGUUUGGAUAGUCAAGUGUCCAACGUCCAUCAAUGCUAGGAAACUGCUGCAUGGAGCUAAACUGGAGAGCUUCCCGCUGGAAACGGUUAGCAAGAUUAAUUCGCCACACACGGAACAGCAACUGGAAGGAUUCGUUGUCAAGAAUGCCAUCCAAAAACCAGUCACCAUCAUGUCCGGAACGGAGUUCAAAUCUUUCGUACCGGUGGGUACGAUACAAAUUCGUGAAACUCUUCAGAUAGAAAAGAUUCCGACCAAGUUCGUCAGAAGCGAAGGUCAGAGGACGGCGGCUAUCGACGUCGACGAGGAGAUUCCAUUUCCAGAGGAGAUCCGAGUGCGUCAUCCACUGCUCGGGUUGAAAUAUAAGGCGGCCCUCAAACUACCGAAACGGGUAAAGAAAGCUCUUUCGCUGGCACAGCAACGGGCGGACUCGUGCUAUUUGCAGAAGGAUGCAAAUUUGGGUAUAGUUGCUGACGCCGGUGAAGAACAAAAGGAGCACGUUGCCGAGAAAAAGUCAAAGAAACGCAAGCAUGAUGAGCUGGAACUGUCGGCUGACGGUCCCACUGGCGAUAUGAUUAAAAUGCUGAUCAAAGAGGAAGCACAGUCUCCCUCGAGGAAGAAGAAGGUGAAGAAGGAGGUGGCACAACCGGUGGAUGACGAUUUGUCAUGGUUGAACAAUAUGUGAGUUGUAAUGGGAUCAAUAUUAUUAAACAGAGAGCGUUAUUUGCGGAUGCUGUGUUGUGUUUCAUCGAAAGAACAACUGCAUUAUA